AUGGCUUCACCGGUAGAAGUAUGUCCUAAAGGAACGCAAUCUGGAGGAUAUAAUACUUCAAAUUUGAGUAAAUGUCUUUGAAUGACAUAUAGUGGAUGACCUUUGAUUUCGCUAAUCGUUUUAGGCAAAGGUUGUUCCAAUUCCCUGUAAUUUAAUGAAAUUGUUGAAUAAAUAAAUAUAUGUAUUAUAUUAAAUAAAUAUGCCUAAAUACUUUUGUAAUAGCAUUUCAUCUUCGGCUCUAGAAAUGGCAGUAUUUUUUUCUUUCCAAUAAGACAAGGUUUCACUCCACCAUUUUUCAUCAAUCCGCUGUUUACGUGUGACUGUAAGCCAUUGUGCACAAUAGCGUCUAGUCACGUCUUUUAAUAAACCUUCGGAAUUCCAAGCUACUACGUAUAAUACAGGCUUUGUUGCUCUUUUCUGUAACAAAACACAAUUAUUAUUACAAUGUUUGCAAAUGUGAACUAGCUAAUAAAUUACUCACAUAUACUUCAGUCACACAAUGAAUCUUUUCGUCCAUUACACUCGCACAGAUCCAACUCUCCUCUGACUCUAAAUAUAUUUCAGCCCAAAUGUCUUGCCUCCUUUUUGUUUUAUUUGUUUCAUCUUCACUAUCAGAGGAUAUUAAUUUUGUAUUCUUUUUCCUAGUGUUCUUACAACUUUGUAAUGCCUCCUCUUUAUCAUUAUUCUUUUUCAAUUUUGGUUUAGGCUGAAAUUCUGUUUCAGAAUCUGUUGAAUCUUCUAUAUAAUACUUUGAUUUUGUGUCAUCUGUUUUUGAAGAUAUGUCUGUAGAGUUCAUUGUUUUUGUAGUAUUAACUUUACGGGAUCUUAAUUGUCUUAAAUUAGACAGACCUUUUUCUUGUACUGCAGGUUGAGAUUCACCUUUAUUUUCAGUACUUUUAGUAUUUGAUUUUUUAACUCCCUUGUUUUUUGAAUGUAAAAUUUCAGCAGCCCUCCUCUUGGCUUCUAAAUUGGCAUUUUUCUUUGCCUCUGAGCUAUUCUUAAUCACAUUAGUUUUAUCGGGAACUUCUUUUUUACUUUCCUUUUUCUUUGAACUUCUCCCUUUAGUUGUAGUACUUUUACUUGUUGAUGCAGUUUCAGAUUCCUUAUUAUCUGAUUUAAACAGUGGGUUAUCAUUAUAUAUUCGAUGAGGGGGACAAAGAGAAAUAACUAGUCUACAAUUUAAACCUAAAGCUCUCAAUGUAGCAAUAUAUAGUAAUACCAAUUCUUUAUAAUUUGAGAUCUUCUUUUCCUUCAGUAUUUUUAACAAAGUUUCUUUGUCUAUUUGUUUGUUGCCAUUGCUUUCAACAGGCUCAAAUGUGAACAUAUGUUUGAACCAUUUUGUAAACUUCUCUAAAUAUGUGAGAUCUAUUCUAUUCUUUGGAUAAUUAGAAGUGGAAAUAAAUGAUAACACAUUAGCCAUUAUCUCGGGCUGAUUUAUCUGACGAUUCAAGUAAAAUCCAUAAGCCAACCAACAGAGUAAUCCUACUUUCUCCACUAAUAUUUGACUAUCUCUUAAUCGUUUCCUCAAGACUGCUUUCAGAUCUGGUUUUCCCUUUUUCUUUUUGUUAAUCAUUAAACUGGUGCCUGGUAAGACAAUCUUGACACCAUUCUUUGGAAUAGUAUAUUCGGUAGGAGGCUCGGCAUCCUCCUCAUUUUUUGCUAUUCCAUUUACAGAAAGCUUUUUAAAGGAUGAACUUACACUACUCUCACCUUGGAGCAACAGUUCGUUUAUUUCAUUAGAGGAUGUGACAUCUUUUAUAUCACUUUUCAUUUUUUGUGUCUCUUUUUUUUGCGACACAGGAUGGUCUGAAUACGGCUCUUUCUUUUCAGAGUUUUCAUCAUUGAAUUGGAGCUUUUGUGAAUGUUCUAAGUUUUUUAAAACUUGGGCGAAAAGUUCGAUAUUGCCUGCUUGAUUGACGUCCUCGAAAUCCUCGUCAUCGGUGUUUUCAUCGUCGGUGUUGAUUUUAUCCACAACCGUUGCAUCGUCGGGACUCUUUUUCGUGAAGAAGCUGGAAUUUAAAUUAAUUUUCUCUGGACCAACCAAAUAUUCAUUGCUACUAUCAGAACUAUCGUCCUCUGAUAAGCCACUCAUUUCAAAAAUGCUUUAAAGCCAAGAAUUUUUUUUAUUACAGUUUAAUUUUCACAUCGAUGUCUUACAUCAUGUUGCAACAAGUUUCUUCAUUCCAAGACAAAAUUCUGUCUUGUUCCUUCAGUUAUACUUUCUAUACAGAAAGUACAUAGUUAAUUAUACGAAUAAUAUUGAAAUCAUGUUCUUAUAUAUCAUGAAAUAUUGUUUAUUUAAGUACUAUACAAAUAUGUGAGAUUGAGAUUGAGAGUAAAUUUAAAAAUUGAUAAAAAUCGAUCUUGUUAAAAUAAAGUAGUAUCGAAUAUAUCGUUAUUAUUAUUUUAAUAACAGAUAUUUUUCAUAAUCCUUAGUACUGUUUAUAACGACUAUAUAUUUAUAUUAUACAUAUCUACUUAUUUAUUUAUAUAUUUUAUAAGAUAAUAUUUCUAUUAUCUCAAUUAUUCAAGAAAAAUUAAUAGCAUUCUUAAUCAUCGAAAAAUAUCAAAAUUGCCUUCUUAUAUAUGUCAAUCAUUUUCAUAGAUUAUAUCAAAAUUCCUCAACUGAUACUAGCAUAUUUCCAGCCUAUAAAAAAUAUUUUAUAUGAAAAAUGAAUUUUUUUCAUCUUUUUAAUGUCUAGAAUCAAGUCUGCAAAUAUACAAAUAAUUGUAACAUAAUCAUGUGUGAUUCAUGACUUAACAAAAUGUUAAUUCACUAUAAUUUUGUUAGAGGGCACAAGUGGGAUAAUGGUAGUUCACUCUUGAAAAUGUAUAAUCCAAGGCUAUCAUCUAUUUAAGCUUUCUUGAAUAAGUGUACCUCCAUUUUUCAUUUUGGAUUUCGUUGGAGAUGGAAGUGGUGAGGUAGGCGCAUUUUAUAUUUUAUAUAAUCCACAAUCAUCACGCGCUUUAUUACAAAACAUCAUAAAAAUGCAAUAUUUUUUAAGCAACUGACACUCUGGCAUAUUAUUUUUUUAUUAUAUUUUUUUUAUUUGUUACUGCUUAUUCUAAAUUUUGAUUUUGUAUGAUGAUACGCAAAUAGUCUCGUUCGUAUGAUAUAUUCUUUGAUUAUAAUCUAGAAAUAUGACUCUGAAUAUAUAUAUAUUAAUGUGUAAUUGGUUAAUUUUUAUGAUUUAAUUUAAUAAAUUAGUUUCGAUUUGUUUCUCUUCUAGAGUUAGCUUAAAACAUUAAAAUUAGUCAGAAACGUGCUUUGGAUGGUCUGUUGCUGAUCAAGUUUAGUUUCGGCUUGUUUGCAACUUUCCUGGUGAGUCUAUUAUAAUUUUGCAAGAAUAAAAUUUCUCUUAAUUUAUUGCCUGUAUUAUGUUCAUUAUGAUUUUCAAUUUUCACUUCAUGCUUCUUUAGUUAUUUUUCAUUAAUUUUGUUUCUCUCAUUAGAUUUGCAGUUAAUUUUUUAAAUUAAAUUGAAGUUUUAUUAAUAGUUUAUUUUAAAUAUGAUGACAAUAUCGCCCCAGUCUGAGCAUUAUAUGAGUGAUUUAAUUUCUGAUGAAAAUUAUAAAAAUUUGUAUUUAUUUAUUUUAUUUGUUCACGUGUAAAUUAAAUUUUUCAUUCUUUUCAGAGAAAAUAUGAAAGGAGUAAAUUUGCAAUACAUUGCAAUGAUUUCCCUUGGUAAGCAUUCUUUGUUAUUUUUAUAGAGAAUAAAAUAUAAUUUUAGAAAUUUUAGAUUUUACUUCCUUUUAUAAUCAUUUAUUUUGAUACAAUAUGAUGAAUAAUUUUACCUACCUCAGUCAAUCAGAAACAUCAUGUAGAUAUUAUAAAUCUGAAUAUUUAUUAUGUUGAAUAAUAUAAUUUUUAUUCAUUAAAUUUAGUAAAAAAUGUAUAACAAUGCACUUUUAAUUUCAGAUAGAAACAACGAAAUUGGUUGAACAUCUAAUUUUAAUGAAUACUAUGAUAUUCAUAACAUGAAUUGAGAAUAGAGGAAAUUAAACUUUGGAGAAAAAUAAUACAAAAGAGGUAAUUUGAAAAAAAAUUUAUUUUAUAUUGUAAGCUUAAAAAGUAUUUAAAAUGUUUUUAUGAUGAUUUUAAGUUAUCCCUGUCUUACAUAAAAUCAUGGUGAUUCCAUUUCCUGAUAUAUAAAUUUUAUAUUAUCAAAAGCUUAUUUAUUGAAUGUAAUUGUGAUUAAUUUCAAUUAUAUUUUUAUAGGAUAAAAUGCAUUAUGUAUGCAUCUAUGAAAAUGUUUUAACCGCAGAGGCAUUUUAAAAAAAUCAGAGAGGUAAAUAGUUUUUUUUAUUAAUAAUUACACAUUUUCAUAUUACAAUAAUUCUUUUAUUGUAGUAUGAUGUACUUAACAAGCAUAUGUCUGAAGAGAUUUGAUGUUAUGUUUUUCUGAUUACAAUUUAUUACAAUUAAAAUAUAAAAUAUAUAAUAUUUAUUUUUCAAUUAAAAAUUCUAUAUCUAUUUUUUUAUUAGGUCUCGCAGCAUUAUGAAGUGCAUCAUCAUUUUAAAUAAGGUAAAUAUAUCUGUAGAAAACUAAUAUAAUUUUAUUAAAAAAAACUGAUGAUGAUUUGAAAAUAUACGCUAAAAUGAUUUUUACUACUAUAGCAUGAUUACAACUUGCCCUCACUGAAUUGCAAUUGUUUGAUUAUAGAAUGCAAUUUUAACAAAAUUCAUGAUUUAAAAAAGUUGUUUUUUUUGUUUAUAGGUUAGAAAAGAUUAAUUACGCAGUAUAGUACAAGAAGAUAUAAGUAACAAAAAGGUAUUUCAAAUAAUUGAACAAAAAAUCCAUUUUAGUUGCUGUAGUGAUAGUUCUAAUACAUGCUAUAAAUCAUUUAAUGAUAUAAAAUUUAAUUUAUAUUGUUUCAGAUGAACUUGGAAAAGAAUGGAAUGCUAAUACAAAUUUUUUCUUGAGAUAAUGUAAUGACACACAUAUUUUUCUUUCUAAUUUCCUAACCAAAAAUUUUUAACUUUUUGUAUAUAUCUUUCUACAAUUUUUUAAGAUGGACUAAUAAAAGUAUUUGGAAAAAAGAUGCAUAUUUUUUAUUAUUUAUUUUUAUUGUAAUGUAUUAAUAAUUUUAAUUAUUAACAUAUGAAUAUGUUUAAUAAAAUAUGUAUAUAUUUGAAUGGGAUUAAAAAAC